AGGACAUUUUUUAAUAAAUUAAGACAAUACUUCCGUUCCUGGCGACUGGGAUCAAUAAUAGAUAUUCGAAUGGCCAAACAUUAUAUCCAUAUAAAAAAGGUACGAUGUCGAAAGCUGCUAAAAAUGAUGACUUGGAAACAUUAAAAUUAGUUUACGAGAGUCGAUACAAGUGGGAUGAAGAUACGGCUGAAAUGGCAGCAGCGUAUGGACAUUUAGAAUGCUUAAUAUAUGCUCACACAAAAAAUUGUGAAUGGGAUAAAAAAACAACCAAAGCUGCUGCUGAAAAUGGGCAUUUACAUUGUUUAACAUAUGCACAUGAAAAUAAAUGUGAAUGGGAUGAAACAAUAACGGAAGCAGCUGCUUUUAACGGGCAUUUAGAAUGUUUAGUAUAUGCUCACAAAAAUGGAUGUAAAUGGGAUGAAAGCACAACCAGAGCUGCUGCUGAAAAUGGGCACUUACAUUGUUUAAAAUAUGCACAUGAAAGUAAAUGCGAAUGGGAUGAAAUAGUAACAGCAAUUGCUGCCUUUAAUUGCAAUAUAGAACUUUUAAAAUACGCUCACGAAAAUGGAUGUAAAUGGGACGAAAGCACAACUAGAUCUGCUGCUGCAAUUGGCUGUUUAGAGUGUUUAGAAUAUGCACAUGAAAAUAAAUGCAAAUGGGAUGAAACAGUAACAGAGGCAGCUGCUUUUAACGGGCAUUUAGAAUGUUUAGUAUAUGCUCACAAAAAUGGAUGUAAAUGGGAUGAAAGCACAACCAGAGCUGCUGCUGAAAAUGGGCACUUACAUUGUUUAAAAUAUGCACAUGAAAGUAAAUGCGAAUGGGAUGAAAUAGUAACAGCAAUUGCUGCCUUUAAUUGCAAUAUAGAACUUUUAAAAUACGCUCACGAAAAUGGAUGUAAAUGGGACGAAAGCACAACUAGAUCUGCUGCUGCAAUUGGCUGUUUAGAGUGUUUAGAAUAUGCACAUGAAAAUAAAUGCAAAUGGGAUGAAACAGUAACAGAGGCAGCUGCUUUUAACGGGCAUUUAGAAUGUUUAGUAUAUGCUCACAAAAAUGGAUGUAAAUGGGAUGAAAGCACAACCAGAGCUGCUGCUGAAAAUGGGCAUUUACAUUGUUUAACAUAUGCACAUGAAAAUAAAUGUGAAUGGGAUGAAACAAUAACGGAAGCAGCUGCUUUUAACGGGCAUUUAGAAUGUUUAGUAUAUGCUCACAAAAAUGAAUGUAAAUGGGAUGAAAGCACAACUAGAGCUGCUGCUAUAAGUGGGCAUUUACAUUGUUUAAAAUAUGCACAUGAAAAUAAAUGCGAAUGGGAUGAAAUAGUAACAGCAAUUGCUGCCUUUAAUUGCAAUAUAGAACUUUUAAAAUACGCUCACGAAAAUGGAUGUAAAUGGGACGAAAGCACAACUAGAUCUGCUGCUGCAAUUGGCUGUUUAGAGUGUUUAGAAUAUGCACAUGAAAAUAAAUGCAAAUGGGAUGAAACAGUAACAGAGGCAGCUGCUUUUAACGGGCAUUUAGAAUGUUUAGUAUAUGCUCACAAAAAUGGAUGUAAAUGGGAUGAAAGCACAACCAGAGCUGCUGCUGAAAAUGGGCAUUUACAUUGUUUAACAUAUGCACAUGAAAAUAAAUGUGAAUGGGAUGAAACAAUAACGGAAGCAGCUGCUUUUAACGGGCAUUUAGAAUGUUUAGUAUAUGCUCACAAAAAUGAAUGUAAAUGGGAUGAAAGCACAACUAGAGCUGCUGCUAUAAGUGGGCAUUUACAUUGUUUAAAAUAUGCACAUGAAAAUAAAUGCGAAUGGGAUGAAAUAGUAACAGCAAUUGCUGCCUUUAAUUGCAAUAUAGAACUUUUAAAAUACGCUCACGAAAAUGGAUGUAAAUGGGACGAAAGCACAACUAGAUCUGCUGCUGCAAUUGGCUGUUUAGAGUGUUUAGAAUAUGCACAUGAAAAUAAAUGCAAAUGGGAUGAAACAGUAACAGAGGCAGCUGCUUUUAAUGGUAAUAUAGAACUUUUAAUAUAUGCUCACAAAAAUGAGUGCCCCUGGGAUAAAUAUACAACAAUUACAGCAGCUUCACGUGGUAAUUUCAUGGCCUUAAAAUAUGCUCAUGAAAAUGGAUGCGAAUGGGAUGAAACAGUAACAGCAGCAGCUGCUUUUAAUGGUAAUAUAGAACUUUUAAUAUAUGCUCACAAAAAUGAGUGUCCCUGGGAUAAAUAUACAACAAUUACAGCAGCUUCGCGUGGUAAUUUAAUGGCCUUAAAAUAUGCUUAUGAAAAUGGAUGCGAAUGGGAUGAAACAGUAACAGCAGCAGCUGCAGCAAGUGGUAGUAUCGACUGUUUAAAAUAUGCUUAUGAAAAUGGAUGCGAAUGGGAUGAAACAGUAACAGCAGCAGCUGCAGCAAGUGGUAGUAUCGACUGUUUAAAGUAUGCCUACGAAAAUGGAUGUAGUUGGGAUAAAAGUAUUACUAGAGCGGCUGCAGCAAGUGGCAGUAUUAACUGUUUAAUGUAUGUCCACAGCAAUGGAUGUGAUUGGGUUGAAGCUACAACUACAGCUGCUGCAGAAAGUGGUAAUAUCGAUUGUUUAAAGUAUGCCCACGAAAAUGGAUUUGAUUGGAAUAAUGGUACAACUAGAGCAGCUGCAGCAAGUGGUAAUAUCAACUGUUUAAAGUAUGCCCACGAAAAUGGAUGUGAUUGGGAUGAAGGUACGACAAGUGAGGCUGCUGCAAAUAAACAUUUAGAUUGCCUAAAAUAUGCUCAUGAAAAUGGUUGUGAAUGGGACGAAGGCAUAACAAGUCUUGGACAUUUAAGUAGUCAAUUUAGUUGCUUUAAAUACACCAAUGGUUAUAAUAAAUUUGAUAUCACAAUAAUACUACGAAGUAGACAUGCCAUUUAUGAAGCUACUCGAAAUGUUUAUACUGAUAUAAUCAGAUAUUCUAUCAAAAAUGGCUGUCCUAAUUAGUUUUCUAUUGAAAUUAUUUUUUGUAUAUUCAUGGAAGUAUUUAUUAAAUCUAUUUUUUUUAUUUUACUUAUUUUAGGAAUACUUGACUGGAAUGUAUAUCCAAAAUUCUAUAUACUUUAUUAACACUUCGAAAAAUUUUUUAUAUUCAUAUUUGACGAUGUUACAAAAAACCUUGUAAAAUUAUAUAAUAUUAAACUCAACCAAACCAAAUCUAUCACUUAAUAUUUGCAUUAAAUGAUGCUGUUAUUUUUACAUGUACGUUACAUAUUAUGAAAGGAUAAGAUCACCAUAUCAGGAUUCCUAUUUUAAAAUAAAAUUAACCAGCUAAUAUGCUUGCUGCUAUAUGAUAUUACAUGUUUACUAUAUGCUUAUAUCUUUGUUCUAAUGAACAUUGUGCCGGCACAUAUAAGUAAAGGUUGGAACUAGAUAUUACAUUAGGUUAGAAUAACUCUGUAAGCCUAAUAGUAUUGGGUAGCUAGUCAAUCUCUAUAUCCUUAUUAUAGCUUCGAUGCAAAGCUGAGAAGGUAAUAAUUUUACUAUGAUGUGUUCUUUUUGAUUUUUUUUUUGUUGUAUCUGUUACCACUUUUUCUCAGCUUUCACCGAACCGAUUUCUUUCAACGGUACGUUAAAAGAUCACAGAUCGUAUCUAGUCGAAGACAUUACUCUCCAAAAUUGAAAAAAUUUCCCUCGUUUCCUGUAAAUGGGGGAAAUCUCCAAAAAAAUUACAAAUUUAAAAAUCGCUAAUUUUCGAAAUUUAUUCAAUUUUUUUUACUUAAAACUGCCAUAACUUUUUCAAAAUUAAAUAAAUCAAUAUAACUUUUUUUUUAAUAGAUGCAUAAUGUUCUUACCUAUCAUUUGUUAUAUUUUUUUAUAUAUUUGCCCCGAUAUCUGCCCACAAAGGGGGAUUCAAAAUGACAACU